AAUAAAACUAAAGAAUAUGGCUUAUCAAAAUGGUGGAAAUAUGGAGAAAGGGAAGGAUGUUGCAAAAACUGGACACUUUGGCUCACUUUCUUUUAGUCAAAUGGAUUCACUUAGUGCUAUUUGUGACACUUUCUUGCCAUCCAUUGAUACUAAUUCUCUUCAUCAAGAAAAUAUGGAUGAUUCUGUCAUCAAAUUCCUUCACACUUCUGCUUCCAUGAAUGGAACUCCUCAACAUCUUGCAUGGAUGGUAAGUGAAAGAAUACAACACCCUAAGCUAAACUUAUGCAAAUUAGCUCUAUGGUUACUAUCAACAAGGAUAGGAACUUUCAUACUUUGUGGUAAGGCAAGCUUAUCAAGCCAAUUCCCAUACUUGCAAAACUUCUCUAGAGUUUCACCAAACAAGAGGGAAGAAAUAGUUCAAUCAUGGUCAUGCAGCAACUUCAAACUCAUCAAGCUUCUCUUUGUUGCCUUGAAAGUUCUAACUCUCCUUGUAUUCUUCACUCAGGUGGAUGAGAAAUGCCAGAACCCAUCAUGGAAAGCACUAGGCUAUUGUGGACAAGACCCGGAUUUCAAGAAACCAAAACAAGAAAAAAUGAAUAGUAAGCAAAGCAAACACGAAGAAUUUUCAGACAAACGAGACGAACAUCUAUAUGGACCACUUUACAAGGGAAUCAUUACCCUAAAACAACCACAAAAUGCCCUAUUCAAUAAGCUCCAAAAACUAGGGUUUCAUGUCUCAAAACCAAAUUCAUCAUCAAAUUGUCCUUCUUUCAUCAUAGAAUGUGAUGCAGUGGUAGUUGGUUCGGGCUCUGGGGGUGGAGUUAUAGCCGGUGUUCUUGCAAACGCGGGGCACAAAGUACUUGUUUUAGAAAAAGGAAGUUACCUAGCUAGAACAAAUCUUUCCCUUCUUGAAGGACCUUCAUUGGAUCAAAUGUUCCUUGGAAAUGGACUAAUGAUGACCAAAGACAUGGAAGUUUUUCUCCUAGCCGGUUCGACCGUUGGUGGUGGCUCAACGAUAAAUUGGUCCGCCUCAAUUGACACCCCAUCACACGUUCUAAAAGAAUGGUGUGGCAUCUAUGAAUUGGAAAUGUUCCAAAGUGAAUCCUACAAGGAGGCAUUAGAAGCAAUUCGCGAAAAAAUGGGAGUUCAAGAUAAGAUUGAUGAAGAAGGGUUUCAAAACAUGAUUUUGAGAAAAGGGUGUGAAGAAUUAGGAUACCAUGUGGAAAAUAUACCAAGAAAUGCACCCUCAAAUCAUAAUUGUGGUUGGUGUAGCAUGGGAUGUAAAGAUGGUAGUAAAAAAGGGACAAAUGAGACAUGGCUAGUUGAUUUAGUGAAAUCAGGCAAUGGUGCAAUAAUUCAAGAAUGUGAAGCUCUAGAGGUAAUUCAUGAACACAAAAAUAAUUACAACAAAAGUAAAGCUAUUGGAGUUGCUUGUGAAUUUCAACAUGAAGGGGUGAAAGAAAUUUUCAUGGUGAAAUCCAAAGUCACAAUUGUAGCAUGUGGUGCACUUAGUACCCCUUCAUUGCUCAAGAGAAGUGGUUUAAAAAAUCCAAAUAUUGGUAAAAACCUACAUGUCCAUCCGGUUGUAUUCGCGUGGGGACACUUUCCAGAUACAAACAGUAGUGACAACGUAAAGAAUUUUGAAGUAUGGCCGGAGUCAAAGAAAAAGAGCUAUGAAGGGGGAAUAAUGUCAGUAAUGUCUAAAGUUGUCGCGAAUUUCGAGGAAUCGGGCUACGGUGUGGUUAUACAAACACCAGCAUUGCACCCUGGCAUGUUCUCAGUAGUAAUGCCAUGGAUUUCAGGCCUUGAUAUCAAGAUGAGAAUGUGCAAAUAUUCAAGAACUGCACAUAUAUUUGCUUUGGCAAGAGAUAAGGGCUCAGGAGAAGCAAUUUCAUCAAAUUCAAUAUCAUACAAAUUGGAUCAAAUUGAUGAACAAAAUCUUAAGGUCGGUAUAGAGAAGCUAUUAAGAAUCUUGGCAGCUGCUGGAGCAGAAGAAAUUGGAACUCACCAUGUAAAAGGAAAGACAUUGAAAGUGAAAGAAUCAAGUGUUGAUGAAUUUGAGAGUUUUGUGAAAGAAGAAAGUUCAAGAGGAUUUAAAAAUCUCUCAACACCUAUAUGUUCAGCACAUCAAAUGGGAAGUUGUAGAAUGGGAAUUGAUCCAAAAAUAUCAGUUGUAAAUCCAAAAGGAGAAACAUGGGAAGUUGAAGAUUUGUUUAUUGGUGACACAAGUGUUUUUCCAACUGCCCUUGGUGUGAACCCUAUGGUCACUGUUCAAGCAAUUUCUUAUUGCACUGCACAAAAUGUGCUUCAAGUACUUAAGGCUAAGAAGAUGAAUUAAAUGGGAAAUUAUUGCUAAUGGAUUGAGGAUGAUGAAUUGUUACCUAUUG